UAUAAUCAAAAUGUAAAAUUAACAAUAUUAUGAUUUCGUUUCAGAUUUUGAACUUUAAAUUUGUGUUUUUAUUUUCCAGUUUAACUUCUGCGCAUUAAGAUAUACUAUAUUAUCGUUACGGCGGCGGCUUUAUUGAAACGAUUGCGAAAUGACUGGAUCAAACAAAUCUAUCAGAUAGCUGCGUUCAUAGCCAAGUUCCUUGAGGUAGAGGAGUCGAUCGAGAAGUAUCAAACUCUCCAGAACGGGAGCAAAGGACAUGCGUAGCAGGUAAAACAGAUCCAAAUAAUGUUUAUCCGUUGCGUAUUCCUGCAGCAAGGAAAAAGUUCUUCACCCUUUAUAGCUGCUAACCAAGGGGCCUCGAGUUUUGUUGGCCUCGAGUUACCAUUGGCGACCAGGAUGAAGCGGGCAGAAAAGUAAUCCCUCGUCUCUUAAAAAGUCGGUAAGCAGCAGCAUAUUGUGACUAUAAAUACCAAAGAUUAAAAUACUUUAAAGUACAUUUGUAUAUAAACAGAAGUAGGUAUCCAUAAAGCAUUGAAUAUAUAAAUCCUCUUCAUAUUUAUGUAUGUAUAUAGAAAACGACACUCAUUUACAUUUGUUUGAAUAGAUUCAAAACCGAGUUAGCAUCACAAAAAUCACGGUCAUUCAUAUACGAGAUUCAUUCACAAAACCCAAGGAUCAUCGUGAUGAACCCCAUUUUGAGUAUUCCAUUUCUGAGAGCUUUAACCAAGUUGAGCUGACUCUUUUUGGCCCAGUAGCAGACUUCAACUAGAAACGCGAACAUGGCACUGGGACUGCUGAUCCUGCUUGUAAUCCUGCUGGUCAUCGGCUUUGUGGUCCUGCAGGAUCACUACUCCUACUGGCGGCGAAGGGGAGUGCGUGAGAUCAGGCCGAAGUGGAUAGUGGGCAACCUGAUGGGACUGCUCAACAUGCAACGGAGUCCCGCGGAGUUCAUAGCCCAACUUUAUAAUCAUCCCGAGGCGGAGAACGAACCCUUCGUGGGUAUCCAUGUGUUCCACAAACCAGCUUUGCUCUUAAGGGAUCCUGAACUCGUGAGGAGGAUACUGGUCAAGGAUUUCGGUGGAUUCUCCAAUCGGUACUCGAACUCCGAUCACAAGGCUGAUCCCUUGGGAUCCCAGAACAUCUUCUUUCUGAAGAAUCCCGCCUGGAAGGAGGUCCGCCUGAAGCUGACGCCCUUCUUCACAGGAAACCGACUGCGCCAGAUGUUCCCGCUGAUCGAGGAGGUGGGCGCCAGUUUGGAUGCCCAUCUUCGCCAGCAGCCACUGCACAACGAGCGGAUGCGCUGCUUCGAAGUGGAGGCCAAGGAGCUGUGUGCUCUUUUCACCACCGAUGUAAUUGCAACCGUGGCCUACGGGGUGAAGGCGAAUAGCUUCAAGGAUCCAAACGGAGAGUUCCGGCGCAAUGGACGAUCCGUGUUCGAGUUCAGUCUUUUGCGAGCUGCCGAGUUCACCCUGGUCUUCUUCCUGCCCCACCUGGUGCCCUUCUUUGGGUUCAAAGUGGUUCCGGCGGAGGCCACCCGCUUCCUGCGCAAGACCAUCAACUACGUGAUGACGGAACGGGAGAAAUCGGGGGAGAAGCGCAACGAUCUGAUCGACAUCCUCAUCGAGUUUCGAAGGAGCACGCAGCAAGCCAAUGCAUCUGGCAUCCAGGAUCAGUUUGUGUUCGAGGGCGACAUCCUGGUGGCCCAGGCGGUACUGUUCUUCACCGCCGGCUUUGAGUCCUCCUCCUCCACGAUGUCCUUUGCCAUGUACGAGCUUGCCAAGAAUGCGGAUAUCCAGCAGCGUUUAAGGGAGGAGAUCAGGGAUGCCCUGGUGGAGAGUGGCGGUCAGGUGACGCUGAAAAUGAUCGAGUCGCUGGAGCUGAUGCAGAUGGUCCUGCUGGAGGUGCUGCGCAUGUAUCCACCACUGCCCUUUUUGGAUCGCGAGUGCACUUCUGGAGGGGAUUACUCACUAGCUCCGUUCCACGAUUUUGUGGUGCCCAAGGGAAUGCCGGUGUACAUACCCUGCUAUGCCCUGCACAUGGAUCCCCAGUACUACCCUCAACCGAGGAAGUUCCAGCCGGAGAGAUUCUCCGCUGAGAACCGGAAGCUGCACACGCCCUACACCUACAUGCCCUUUGGCCUGGGUCCGCAUGGCUGCAUCGGAGAGCGGUUCGGCAUGCUCCAGGCAAAGGUGGGUCUGGUGAACCUGCUGCGCAACCACAUGGUCACCUCUUCCGACCGCACUCCUCAUCGAAUGCAGCUAAAUCCUAAGGCCAUUAUUACCCAAUCAAAGGGCGGUAUCCAUCUGCGAUUGGUCCGGGAUCCUUUGGGCGUUUAACUCACCUGGGAAAUUUUAGAUAUUUUUUUCGGGGGAGCAAUGCAGCCUACAAAAUUCGAGCGACAACUAAGCCGCUGAGUCGCGUGUUUUGGCAUUUAAAAUUAAGUUGGUGUCUCAUCUUGAAGGCAAUUUGAUUGACAAAUUGCGUGUUCUAUCCACAAAGCAAGCAAUGAGAUGCAAUGCCUAUACCUUAAAGAUCAAACAUGCAUAUAAAUCUAUAACAUACCGAUACAGACAUCACUGACUCCCUGAACUUACGUUACAUUACGUUUCUGCAUUAUUAUAACAUUUUGGAAAUACAUUUGCAUUCGUAAUCAAAA